AUGGCAGAGCGUCUAGUGUCGGAUGCUCCUACUAAGGGCGUAGUCUACGCUCUUACUCCUACCAUCAACUCCGUGCCGGUCCACACAGUCCGCAAGCCUGGGCGCGGCCGCUGCCUCAUCGCGGCGGAGGGCGUGAGCGCCGGAGCGACAGUCCUCGAGGAGAUGCCGCUGAUCGCGCUGCCGCUUCCUGACUCGACAGAGCACGCCUUGCUCUGCGACGUGUGCCUGCGCGACAUCGGCAGUCCUGCCGAGCACAUACAGCACGCCGCGGAGCUCGACAGCCCGCCCGUUCUGCCCAUCGAUGGCGAUCCCGACUUCGACUGCCGGCGCGUUGAGUGCAGCCGCGGGUGCGACGCGCAGUUCUGCAGCCGGGAAUGCGAGGCCCUCGCCCAGGCCACCUUCCACGGCCCGCUCUGUCCAGGCGCGGAGCCGCAGGCGCCUCACGCCGAGGCA